AUGUAUCGGAUUGUUAGUUAUGCUCUUUUUCAUGCCAAUUUGAUGCAUUAUUUAUUCAAUAUUAUGGCUCAAAUUUCUUUGAGUAGUUUAUUAGAGACUCAUCGUUUCAAAAGCUCCAUCAAACUUUUUGCAUGUACCUUCAUUUCAAUUGUAUUUGCAUCGAUAUCACAACUCGUGAUUGCAUGGUUAAUGGACACAAUUUCAUUGUAUGUCUUUGGUUACAAUGUUAGAAGUGGUAAUUUUGUAAAGGGGAGUAACAAGAGUGCCUCUUCCAUGUUUAACAUGUUGAACGAUAUUCCAAUUAUCAACGAGUGUUCAAUUGGAUUUUCCGGUGUGAUUUUUACCUAUCUCACCAUUCUGUCUAUUGAUGGAUUCCAAUCUACCCAGUCACUUUUUGGACUUGUAACUGUUCCGUCCAAGUAUUAUCCAUGGAUACUCUUAUUUGUGACAGAAUUGCUUAUUUCGAAUGCCUCGUUUGUUGGUCACCUUUGUGGAAUUGUGAUGGGAUAUUUUUAUGUAUUUGUUUUUGAACGAAAUGUAUUAAUUUCGCACUACUAUGAAAAACUACUUUGCCAAACUGAAAACAUGAUCAUUCCUAAUGUAGUGAUAAAUUUGGAGUGUUAUUGGCCAAAUUCUCAACAGAAAACGAAUUUGGCACCUUCGAAUAAUAGUGGAUCAUUUCUUGCUCACAUGAUGGAAACGGGACAAGUGUCUUCAUCCUAUGCAAGAUCAGGUAAUGGUGAUUAUUGGGAACAAUUGUCAUCAAGCGGAAGGACACUUGGCUGCCAUUAA